AUGCUGCUGGAGACUACAACAGAAAAUGCCUCGUUUGAGUGGGUGGCGUGGUCGACGGACCUGUCGCCGAACAACCCACAGCGUCUUCGGGACGGCCUGGCUACGCUCUCGCAUCUCUCGCCCUCGCUGCUACUCCGCUCGGCUUCGAGCGUCACAGUCCGCCCAACUGGUGGUUAUCUUACGCCACCACGCUCGGCAUCGGCGUCGAUGCGGUCGUCACCGGUCACGCCUUCGUCUCCGCUUGUCCUCACCGCGGAGGAGGCCCGGCUGGUCGAGGACUCAAAGGCCACGCCGGCUUCUGAUCGGAAAGACGUCUUCACCGACUCGUUUGUCAUGUUCCGCACCACGCCACCGGCCAACUGGACGCCGCCAGAAAAUGCAUCGUACUCGCCGUCGCGUGCAGCGUCGGCUUCGCGGCUUGCCCAUGCGGGUUCGCCAUCGGCUGCCAAGAGGCUCUUGUUCGAGAUUGACGAGGUCGAGCCAGAGACCGAGGCAAGCUCGUCUAGCCGAGCCCCGGCUGCUGGUGAGGUCGAUGAGUGGCGGACCAAGCACGCCCAAGCCGAGGCUGACAUCGCCGCCCUCACUGCCCGCAACCGCGAGCUUGCCCGCGAGCUCGCUCGGCUCCGCGAGACGGCCUCCGACGCAGCUGCACUGGUGGCCACCCGCACCGAGCUCGACGCGCUCGUUGAGGCACGCAACGAGUGGCGUGCUUCUGCAGAGGCCGCCAAAGCACGUGCAGACGAAGCGAGUGCUCGCGCCAGCGCCGCCGAGGCUGAUGCCGAAACCCAUGCUGUCAACCUCGGCAAGGUGCUCGAAAUCCAGGCCAAGCAGCUCGAAACCAUCCAAAGUCUCGAGGCCGAGCUUGCAGCAGCCAAGAGCUUUGGUAGAACGGUGGCCACCCGGGUUGCGGCUGCUGGGGUCGGCGGCGAUGACGCCGAGCCUCUGGGGCACCUUGUCGCGAGCCUGACCUCGGAUCCGGACGCUCUGGCCGACUUUAUCAGCUCAGCCAUCACCCUUCAAGGUGCGUACGCCAACCUGCAAGACUACGCUCGGUCCGACUGCACAGGCUGGACGUCGGUUGCAUCGUACGCGGUUGGCCUGGCCUCGGGCUCUGCCGCCGACGUGCAUGUGGCCACACCGCCGACAACGCCACCGCGGCCAGCACGGCCGCUGGCAUCGGCCACACUCCCGCACCGUGGCUUUAUCACGCCAGGAGCCGCGGGUGACGAUGCCGCCCGCCAUGCCUCGGCUUUGGAGGCACGGUCGGCGUCGCUGGUGGCACUUCGCGGCAUCCAGGCUGCGCUUAGAGAGCGCGACGGAGCAGUGGAGGCCCUCUCUGCCGCAGCUGCGUCCGACACCACCGAGCUGGCCAUGGAGCGCGACACUGCUGUCCAGCUGGCCGAUGAGCUGCGCGGAGAGGCACGUGCCCUUCGGGUUCGCAAUGACGAGCUGCAAGCUGCACUGGGCGACGCAGAUGAGCGUGUUGAGGACUCGCAGGCACAAUGCCACGAGCUGCAGACGCUGGUGGCUGAGCUGGAAAGCCGCGUUGCGGAGCUCAUGAUGCGGCCUACGCUUGAAGCAUACGCAGCUGCCGAGGAGGCGGGUGCAACGGCGGGCAAGCUUGCCGAGGCAGCGCGCGCCGAAGCGCAGCAAGCCCGCGAUGCUGCCGAUGAUGCUGCUUCAGAUGCCCGCCGUCGGAUGGAAGGCAUGGAGCGCACACUGGUGCAGCUUCGCGCGGAGUUGGAUGGCGCUCAUGAAUCACUGGACACACUGCAAGCUGAGCAUGCACUCUGCCCCGAGGCAAAGGCGAACUUGGAGGUUGAGCUCGAACGGUGCUCGUCGAGCCUGACUCACUCCCGCGAACAGCUUGCUGCGCUCGAGCAGGCGCACAAGGAGCUGGAGGCAUCGCACGCGGCGGCUAUGGCAGACGCUCUGGCUCGAGGCGAGCUCGACGAGCUGGUCAGCGCGUUGAGUACUGAGCGUGACGCUGCUGUUGCUUCGCGAGUGAGCGCCGAGAACGAGAUGGCACGGCUUCAGAAAGUGGUGGAUGAGCAGCAGGCUGCUCACGCACAGCUCGAGGCAGCGUCUGCGGCGGCAACGGCCGAGCUGCGCAUUCAGCUGGAGUCGAUGGACAUGGCGCUGACAGCCGUUCGCGCCGUAGAGACGUCAGCGGUAACAAGUGCCUACACUGACGUGCGCGAGGUGCUAGACAAGCUCGCGCGUGGGCUCGGCAGCGCAAGCAAGUCAGACUCAGCGCUGGGCGAGGACCAGCUCUCUGAGCUAGACACCAAGACCGGGGAAUCGGAGCCUGGAGCACAGGAGCUUACUGCGGCGCUUAACCUUCUGCACGUCGGUGUUGGCGAGGCUAUGACCGUGCUAGCCGACAAGCGUAGCUCGCUGAAGAGCAUGAUGGCUACCUUGAGAGCCUCGCAGACUGAGCACAAGCAGACGAUGGGCGAUCUGGAGCGGCUGACUGAGGCACACACGGUGCUGUCGGGCGAGUACCAAGUGCUAGAGAAGAAGCUCUCCGACAUGCGCGUGGGCAUGGCAGAGGCGUCCAAGCGAGGCAAGGCACUUGCUGCAAUUGCUGAUACAUCCAAGGCUGAGUUGGUAGUGGUGACUGCCGAGCGCGAUGCUGCGCUUGAUGCAAUCGCAGCUCUGGAGGCCGAGCAGACACGGGUCUUGUCGCUGGAGGAGCAGCUGGCUGGCAUUGCCGAAGAGCGCGAUGUUGUGAUGGCGCAAUUAACUGAGCUCUCUGCCACUGCAGUGAGCCGCGAGGAGACUGUCCAGUCUACGCAGUCUGAGCUCCAGACUCUCCAGACCCAAGUGACCGAGCUGCGCGCCGAGCUCGCCGAGGCCGAGGCCCAAGUGGCCGAGGUUGAGAGUAUGAUCGAGGAACGCGACGUUGCUGUUGCCAAGCUCGCCGAAGCCGAGGCUCAAGUGGCCGAGGUUGAGAGUUUGAUCGAGGAGCGCGACGUUGCUGUUGCCAAGCUCGCCGAGGCCGAGGCUCAAGUGACCGAGGUUGAGAGUUUGAUCGAGGAACGCGACGUUGCUGUUGCCAAGCUCGCCGAAGCCGAGGCUCAAGUGGCCGAGGUUGAGAGUUUGAUCGAGGAGCGCGACGCUGCUGUUGCCAAACUCGCCGAGGCCGAGGCUCAAGUGGCCGAGGUUGAGAGUUUAAUCGAGGAGCGCGACGUUGCUGUUGCCAAGCUCGCCGAAGCCGAGGCUCAAGUGGCCGAGGUUGAGAGUUUGAUCGAGGAGCGCGACGUUGCUGUUGCCAAGCUCGCCGAGGCCGAGGCUCAAGUGACCGAGGUUGAGACUUUGAUCGAGGAGCGCGACGUUGCUGUUGCCAAACUCGCCGAGGCCGAGGCUCAAGUGGCCGAGGUUGAGAGUUUGAUCGAGGAGCGCGACGCUGCUGUUGCCAAGCUCGCCGAGGCCGAGGCUCAAGUGGCCAAGGUUGAGAGCUUGAUCAUCGAGCGCGACACCGUUGUCGCCAAGCUCGCCGAGGAAGAGGCUCGGACCGCUGAGCUCCACGCAGAAAUCGAUGUUCUUGGAGCUCAGAACGACGCCUUGUCGACCGAGCUUGCCGCCAAGACCGCCGACGUCAAUGCGCUGGUCGCCGAUCUCGAGUCGGCUGUGGCAGACUCUAGUGCAGCAAGGAUAUCAGUGGCAGAGAUGGAGGUUGUCAGAAGCCAGUUGGAGGUGACAAGGGCUGCCCGCGACGAGCUGGCCGACAAGGUGGCCGAGUUGGAAGAAGUGACCGCAACUGUGACCGCGGCAGAGUCUCUUGCUGCCGAAUUGGAUGCUGCCACCCGAACACGUGAUGAGCUUGCAGCACAGCUGGCUGACGUCCAGGCCGAGCUGGAUGCAACUAGCCAGCAGCUCUCGACAGUCCAAGCCGAACGCGACAUCGCCCAGUCACACCUGGAAAUGGUGCAGGACGAUCAGUCUGUUGCCGACGCGCGUGCCCAGGAGACUCAAGAGCUACUUGCGACGCUUGCAAACUCGCUUGACGAGGCCCGCUUCAAUUUACUUGACACACUCGCCGAUGCAGACGGUGAUUGUGCUGCUGAGCAAGUUGAUGCGGAACGCAGUCCCUCGGAGGGCGACGCUGUACAGGCGCUUGCGGCGCUGCUUCAGGUCAUUGGCUCGCUCUCGAGUCGGGUCAGCACGGCCGAGCAUGCAGGUUCCGCCGAGCUAUGUGCCCGUAUUGACGAGCUGGAGGACCAGCUGGCUGCAGCCAUUGCCGAGCGCGACGCCAUUCAGUCGUCGGUUGCGCACCUCGCACACUGGCUCAACGACGAUGCGUCUGUUGGCCAAGCCGGACCUCCGGGUGGUGUUGGCCUUCCGGCUGGUACCGGUCCUUGGCAUCCUCUAGACCUCGAGGCCGAAGCCGAGCUCGAGGCCUUUUCCGCUGCUGUCCGGGGUCUUGUUGCCGAGCUGGAUGUUGCCAAGAGCCCCAGCGAAGCGGGCUCGGGCUCGGGUCCGGGCUUUGAGCCGACUUACUCGUUCACUCUUCUCAACUCGCUGGUCUUUUCAGCCGAGCGCCGCGCAGGUUCGCCGCUGCCGGUCGUCACCCUGCGCGACGACUCGCCUGUUGCCGGCCUUGUUUCCGCCGCCCGCGACCUUCACGGAGCAGUCCUGACGCUGAUCAAGGAGAUGGUUGCCACAUACGGCGAGGUUGUGGCGCUUUCGGACAAGGAUGCCAUGAUUGACCGCCUUGCCGAAGAUCACCUCGUGGUGAUGGAAGCGCGCAAGGCCGAUGAGCUCAACACCUCACACACCCGCCUUGUCUCGCUCUCGCAAGAGAACGCCGUCCUUACCGCACGUGUUGCUGAUCUGGAGGCCGAGCGCGCCGACGCCGAAGCCUCGCGCUCGAUGCGGAUCUCGUCGCUUAUGACCAACGACACGAUCGUGCCUGCCGAGACCGCUAGCCGGUUGCGAAAGGUUCUAAGGACGCUGACCACCAAGGUGACCGCACUGGGCGGCGCCGAGACCGCGCUCCAGCUCAACCGACUGUAUGUAGACGCCGAGAUGGACGCUGCGUCGGCGGUCCACGACCGCGCGCUGGCCGACUCGGGCUCCGGCGACAAUGCACACGACCGCUGGUUGGAAUCUGGGGUCUACGAGCUUGUGCUCUCAUUCUCGUCGACGCUUGCUAGACUCAAGGAGCGCGAGUCCUUCCGCAGCCAGCAGGGCUUGGGCUCGGCAGCGUCGGCCUCGCCACCUGCACACCUCCCGAUUCUUCGCGCCUCCCACAUGGAGGCGCUGCAGGCUCAGAACGACAAGCUGCAGAUAGAGCUGCGCGAGGCUCGCGCCGCAAUCGCAGCAUCGACGUCGGACAGAUCAUCGACCGCCGCUCGCGGUGAGACUGCCUGGGAUGCCAUUCGCCGCCUCGUCAACACCAUCUGGCUCACCGACGUCAACCUCAAGCGCCACAUCAUCAAGGUCCGCCAGAUCGCACCAGUCGACAAGGACCGAUGGGAAGAGCUCUCCGGCCCGGCGUCGCGGCUGUACGACGAGGCUGCCUCGCAAACCCAAAUCACCACCAUGCUGGAGACGGCCGAGUGCAACCGCGAGAAGCUCAACAUGCUCAUCGUUGCCCUCCUCGACCGCGCCGCCUACCUCAAAGACAAGGUCCACCGCAUGCGCGCGUCGAUGGCCGGCUACCUUGUCAUUGUCAACGAGCUCGAGGCGGCCCUGGAGCUCGAGUCGGAGCGCUACAUCAACGCCGAGAGCCAGCGGUCGCAACUAGCCAAGCUCGUGGCUGAGCUCGCCGGCGGCCUCGAGGCCAACGCGAGUGUCUCACUCCUCGACAUCUCGGCCGAAUGGCCGUCGCCAUCCAAGACCCCACUCGCCCACGUCGUCCUGCCCACAACCCGGGCUCUCGAUGCCUCGUUCCGGUCUGACUCGUCGGGCGGCUCGCCCAACGCGCAUCAUGCCGACAAGCUCGCCUUUGCCGAUGGACUUGCCUCUGUCGAGCACACCGGCAACGUGCACGUCGUCAACGCAGACCACGAGCUCUCGGCAUACCUAUCGUCGCCGUCAAUGACCGGUGAGUCCAUCCUGCUGCUGCAGCGCUCAAACUACGACGCUGAAAAGUCGUGGGACGAGCUGGACCUCUCGUCGUCGUCGUCAUCGUCGCUGCCUGUUGUCUCGUCCCCUCGUAAGCGCCCGCCGCUGGUCUCGACUGCCGCUCCCAACGAGAACUCGCCAGUCUACGAGGCACGCUGUUCUGACAGCUCUAUGGCAAGCUUGCCAGUCUACGGCCUCAUCCCCUCGCCGUCGCGCGUGCUCGACUCGCCAUCGCCAGUCCGCCACACGCACCCAGCCAUGUCGUCCACCCGUGUCAUGUCGCCAUCGCAGGUCGGUCCGCUUCCUACCCUCGUCUCACCAGUUGUCCGCCACACCUCGCCGCACCCUGAUCCUCUCCCAGACCUCACCGGCGACUACUACUCUGUCAUCUCUUCGCUCUCGCCAUCGCCGACCCGUCGUCCGCGCCGCCGUUAG